AUGAACUCACCUUGCAGCGGUUGUAAAAAAGCAAUCAAACCUUCAGAAAGAAUUACUUGCACUCAAUCUUCGUGCGGCAAAAGAUAUCAUUACCUGUGUGUUAAUUUGAAUGUUGAUAACUUCAAAAAGCAAAAAAAUUGGAAGUGUCCUGACUGCUCCAUUAAAUACUUGUCAAUAAUACGUAAGGAAGGAAAUAGUGAUGAUACUCCUAUUAAAUUGGCGACCUGCAGCGAAUUUUUAGACGACUCUCAAAAUAUUACCAUAAGGCGUCAAAAAGAGAGCGAACCCACUACUGAACACCAAGACUGUGUAUCUCGUGCUGAACUAGCAGAAAUUAUUCGUAGGGAAUUGCGUUCAGUGAUUCGAGAUACAUUAAAUGAGGAGUUCGCUAAUAUCGAAAAAGAAAUUCAUGCAUUUGAAGAAACGAUUAAAUUUAUUAAUUCACAAUAUGACGCUAUAAGUACCAAAGUUAAAGUCCUAUCUGAUGAUACCAAGAUCUUUUCUACAACUAAUGUAAUGUUAACUGGCAAGGUCAGGGAUUUAGAGGAAAGGUUAUCACAAAUGGAACAGUCUGCCCGUUAG